ACACAGGGUCCUCCGUUGAAGGACCUCGCGGAGAAGUAAACAGGAAAGAUGCUGGAGUAAUUUACGUACAACAAUCGAUUUUAGUCUAUUUAAUUGUAUCCCUACUUGUAAUUGAUUACGACGCGAUGGCAGAGGAAAACGACCUGGAAAAGCGCGCAGUGGAGGAGCUCCUGAGGGAGACUGACAGGGCUCGGGUGAGAGCAGAGACCAUGGGCCCCGCAGGAUGGUUGAAGUGUCCCCUGCGGAGCCCCAACAAACGCUUCCUCCUCAACACCCUGCGCUCCACUGGCCUGCAGGGGCGCACAAGUGAGCCCAGAGACGGACACUCCAUCUCAAGAGGGUACCUGAGGAGCGACUCCCCGGGAAGAAGACGGGACCGCAGCAGAACACCUCCCGGAUAUCACAGAAGCAACGGAGGCCACGCAGACCAUAAACACCAUCACAGGGAGAGCUGCAACAACAAAGAUAAGAAGCAGAGUAGUGACAAAGACGGGGGUUACAAAGACGGCAGAGACCGGAGACAUGGGAGGGAUGGCCAGAACAGAGACAGACUACUUCAUGAAUAAAGACCUGGUUCUUUUGCAAAGGCCACUCCCUGUCCAGGGAGCACAGAGGUGGGCACUUCUGAAACUGCUCUCUGGCGAGCUAACACACCUCACACACCUGCUAGCAGGCUGAAAGACCUCCUAUUCAUGUUGGACACCGCAUAAUAGAAGGAGCCAUAUAAGACUUUCCGGGUGGAGAAUUGUCUUGCAGUUUACUGUUCAUGUUUGAGUUUGUUUUGUAGCUGGAGUAUUUUUCCUCCUGGUUUUCCACUAAAUAAAGUAGAUGUUAUAUUUCAGGAAA